CUUUGCCUUACUUUGUUUUUAUUAAUAUAUAACAUUGUAUGGUUUGGUGAAUAUUAUUUGUGUAAUAAGAGGAAUAAUUUCACCAUAUUAUUUAUUGGCAGGAUUCUUUAAUAUUGCUGUUGCUAAUCUAUUAACUAAUUUUAUUUAAAGUAAUUUCAUAAAAUUCCAAAAUAGUACAAUUAAGACAGGUUAAUGUAUAAUAGUGUAUGGCAUCCUUUCUUAAAACUGCUAGGUUAGCAGGCAAAUACUUUAAAAGAAUUAAUGGAAUGUCAGAGAGCUUGGCCAUUUUAAAUGUUUUUAUGAACCAGGGCAUUAUUUCCCAACAUUCAGGCAUUUGUGUACCAACUUAAUUAUUUUUGUCCUAUCUUUAUAUCACUUGUUCUAUCAUUUUUUGGUUUUCUUCAGAUAUAUUUAUUUUUAGCUUAAAUUCAUUAAAAGGAAAAUUGGUGUGUGUCAUUACUGAUUAUAGCAUAAAACUAAUAUACCCUUUUAACAGUCGGUAAAAAGCAACUCAGACAAAAUUAUUAAGUUUUGGUUGAAUACUGCUAGUGGUGGUGGGUUCAGCCUGAAGUUUGCUUUUUCUUUGUUUAAAGGAGAGAUUAACUUGUGUUACAGAGAUUAUAAAAGCAAACUAGUACCAGAUUGAAACUUUUUCUUUGACAUAGAAUGAUUGAAAUAAUUAAAAUAGGACACUUUGCUUGCCUUGUGACUCGAUGUUAUAUGACGUAUAGGCCAUUUAAGCCACCACAUAAAGAGUGCCUCUAUCCUUUAUUUCCUCACUUGUAAAUAAAAGGCUUGGGCACUGUACUCCCCGGGGGAUAUUUCAAGUACUUCAUUUAGGUCAUUCUAUUUUGUAAAAGGUGAAUAAAUGUUUAAAAAUUUUUUAAAAAGCAGAGCCUCUUGCUUUUCCACAAGUGCAACUCUUGUUAGUGAAAGAGAACAUUCAUGUACUCUGUCACUCUAUUCUUUGGGUUUAUUCUUCAGAAUACGUAGUGUCUCAUAGUUGACUAGCCUGAACUAUUUGUUGAUAAAUUUUUUAUAUAAAAAUAUAUGUUAGGGAAUGAUUAUCCUUUUUGCAAAACAUUCUUGGUUUACUUUUAAGUAAGUUCCUGUAGUAGCUUUACCUUUGUUUGACUCAUUCACUAAGGAAGACGGGGGCCUUUUAAUCUUGGUUAUCAGGACCCUCCUAAGAAAAGCAAAAUACGUGAGAAAUGAUAAACGGUCUCUAAUUCCAACGUGCAUGUGUGAUAAAGUAGUAACCUUUCCUACUUUGUGCUUUUUAAAGGUAGAUGCCAGUUUUUCUGGCUCUGGCUUUCACCCCUACCUCCACCCCCCACCCUGCCACCAUGUCUGUGGGCAGAGGAUGGGAAUUAUGUAUAUAUGGAUAUAUAUAGAAAGAGAUGUAUAUAUAUUUUCACCUAUAUGUUGAAGGCUAACAGUGUGCCUUACAGCUGAUUAUCUGAUAAAACUAAACUACUAGUCUCUUUCUACUUAUAGAGUUGAAUUUUGGUGGUGUUAAAACCCAUACCAGUGUUUUACAUGAAGUAAUAAUCACCUAUAUACAACCACCAGGACCUUGGUUAGUUGCCUCUUUCUGCACCUGUUUCUUCAUCAGUAAAGUGGAGAUAGUAAUGCCUGACUCUUUUGGUGGCGUAUAAUAGGAGAGCUCAUAUUUCUUUUUUUUUUUUUUUUAAGAUUUUAUUUAUUUAUUCAUGAGAGGCACAGAGAGAGAGAGAGGCAGAGGGAGAAGCAGGCUCCAUGCAGGGAGCCCCACGCGGGACUCGAUCCCGGGUCUCCAGGAUCACUCCCUGGACUGAAGGGUCAUCACCAGUGUCAUCACCAAGGAAGCCCUCACACCCAGUCAUGGAUUUUUUCAGUUCUAACCUCUUAGGUGACUCUUCCUCACCAGGGUCUAUUUCUAGUCAUGCAGACGUCCAUGAGAUCGUUGUGAGCGAUUUUCUUAUUUCUGAUGAAAACCUUCAGAAGAUGGAAAAUGUACUUGAUCUUUGGAGUUCAGGACUUAAGACAAACAUCAUAUCUGAACUAAGCAAAUGGAGACUUAAUUUUAUUGACUGGCACAGAAUGGAAAUGAAAAAAGAGAAAGAAAAACACGCAGCACACUUAAAACAACUGUGCAACCAGAUCAACAGCUUGAAGGAGCUGCAGAAAGCCUAUGAAGUCUCCAUUGGGAGAAAAGAUGAGGUGAUUUCUAGCUUGUCGCAUGCCAUAGGCAAACAAAAGGAAAGGAUAGAGUUGAUGAGAACAUUCUUCCACUGGCGAAUUGGCCAUGUUAAAUCCAGACAGGAUGUCUACGAAGGUAAACUGGCUGACCAGUACUUCCAGAGAACUUUACUGAAGAAAGUCUGGAAGGGCUGGCGAUCCAUAGUACAGAAGCAGUGGAAAGAUGUGGUGGAAAGAGCUUGUCAGGCAAGAGCGGAAGAAGUUUGUGUCCAGCUUUCCAAUGAUUAUGAAACCAGAGUUGCUGUGUUAUCUGGAGCUUUGGAAAAUGCAAAAGCUGAGAUCCAAAGAAUGCAGCAUGAAAAAGAGCAUUUUGAAGAUUCCAUGAAGAAAGCCUUCAUGAGGGGAGUGUGUGCAUUAAAUCUCGAAGCCAUGACUAUAUUUCAAAACAGAGGUGAUACAGGGAUAGACUUCACAAAUAAUAAAAAGGAAGAGUAUGGCCCUGGCAUUCAAGGAAAAGAACAUUCUGCUCAUUUGGAUCCUCUGGCCCCUCCGAUGCCCUCAGUGGUUGCACUGCCACCGUCCCCACCACCAGCAGCCAUGGGAGCAGCCAGCACUGCUGCUUUUCCCUCUGCUGCUUCCAUCUCUUCUGCUGGGCCUGCUUCCGCUUCCUCUACUCACCCUCCCGUUUCUGCAGCUCUUGGCGCUGGACCUACAGCUACUGCUGCACCAGAAGAAAUGUAUGUGCCCAGAGUUGUAACAUCUGCACAACAGAAAGCUGGAAGAACAAUUACAGCCCGGAUCACAGGGAGAUGUGAUUUUGCCUCAAAAAACAGAAUUAGCAGCGGCUUAGCUAUAAUGGGAGUUUCUCCUCCCAUGAGCUCAGUUGUUGUGGAGAAACAUCAUCCAGUCACAGUGCAAACCAUUCCUCAAGCUGCUGCAGCAAAAUAUCCCCGGACGAUUCAUCCUGAAAGUAGUACCUCAGCUUCUCGGUCCCUCGGAACCAGGUCAACUCACACCCAGUCUCUCACAAGCAUUCACUCCAUAAAAGUGGUUGACUAAAAUGAAUAUGCACAUUGAGAUCUUUUAAUUCUUCUGGUUUUACCAAGGAUUUGAAGUCUCUAGCUUUUAAAAUUUCAUAUUCUUAGAACACCAUGGAUGCAUCAUGUUCAUCUUUUCAAAAUUACAAGAGACUCUUUCAAGUCAUACCAUCCUUUGUAACUAUAUGUAGGCUUAUUUUAAUGUUUUUUUAAUUUAAGCAAUUAAGUAAAACUUUUUUAAAAAGCGACUUAAUUUGUUUAAUAAGUUCAGCCUGUCCCUGAUUAUACCAUAAAAGUGUAUAAAUCCUGUUUUCUCAAUGUUACUUCCAAAAGGCUAAAUCAUUUCCAGUGUUAUUAGGUAAAUUUUGAGAAGUUUACUAAAAAAAUUAUUUUAAACAGAUUUAAUUAAGGUAUUUUUAUUUUAAAAAUA